UAUCCAGCCCCUCCUUGCCCCCAGCUGUCAUCCCUCUUCCUACACCUGGCUCUUCCCCUACUAGGACUGAAUUAUCCGUGACUUACAAAUAGAUUCAUCUCUCAUCAGAGGAUGAGUAAACUAACAGAAUUGUCAUCUUUUGAGUGCCUACUUAAUAUCUAGCCAACUUUGAAUAUUUCCAGGUAGUCCAUGACACUGCUUUCUUGGACUUGCUAGCAGUUGUCUAUCAGAUUUCUCAGGGGUCGAGGGCACAAGUUCCCCUUGGAAAAUCAGAAAUACAAUAUUAUUAACUCUUGACCCUCCAAAAUCCUGCUUUUUAAUACUGCAGCAUAUUGCCGGCCAUAAACUUUAAUGAUAUUUAACAUAGAUAUAUUUUAUGUACUGUAAAAUACACCCUUUUAAUUAUACAAUAAGCUUAAGUCCAUAAAUUUGAGGUGCAAAUUUAUAGGCAUCUAUUCUUUGUAUUUUGCAGUUAGGACUGUCAAAGUUUAUCGGCCAGUCCAGCUUGCAAUAGCAACCUGAAUCCUUAUGUAAAGAACUUCAAUUUGUAUGUUAGGAAAAAUACAAAUAACGUAGUACUUCAAACAUUUGCUAUGUGUAUUCACCCUGAUUUGAAGCCUGUAGAGUUGAAAGUUCACGUCUGAAAACUAAACCUUUCAAAUGAACUGUAUGUGUUAGGUAUUCUUUUUACUUAUUGUCAGGAGAAAGAAUAGAUUCUUUGGUGUUGUCCAAUACUUUUUAUACCUAGUUAUCUUAUUUAACUGAUGUAACAACCAAGGGCAGGGGGAAUAUGGAUCUGUUGAUGUUUUUUUCCCAUUUUUAAGUGCUGUAUUUAUAUCACAACUGCUGUGGUUACUUUUAUGUAUUUUCCCAGAACUUCUGAAUGUUUUCCAUACAGUAAAAUGCUUUAAGAAAUUGAAUUGGGGCAAAAAUUGGACCUGUUUUGUAUAACUUGCAUGAAUUGUGCUUGUAGGACAAAUAGAAACAGUUUGGCACAAACAGCAUAUAUAUUAGUAUUCUGUACUACUACUAGUAAUAGUAAAGAAUAAUGCUCUGUAUUUAAUUUAGAAGUACAGUAAGCACUUUAUGCUGACAAUUCUAUGGCCAGAUUAUAACUUGGGGAAUUAUAUAGCCAUCAUUGAUAUCAUCAAGUCCUCGAAAAUGGUUUAGAUUACCAAAUGUAAACAAACUAGUACAUAUUGUUGUCUCCUCAGCUACAUCAUUCAAACUCAACUUUUGCAAGCCCUUGCAUAGAAGAAGGAUUUUUCUCUCCAGAUAAGAAGGCAGUGAAAGUAGAACAAAAAUUUCAAACUUAUCAUGAAUUAGUAAAUGCUUGCUACCUUUAGAAGUAUUACAAUUGCACAAACUGUAUAUUUACACAAAGAAUACCAGUAAGUUAAAAGAAUUUUUGCUAAAAUCUAUCCCAGCAAAUGUCAAUAAUUAAGCUUCACAAGCUAAAUCUGGAUUUUCUUGAAUGCAGGCAGCAGACAGAGACAGGGAUAGGGAUAAGGAUGAGAAUGGGGAUUUGGGUGCGGCAGCAGAAUCAGUGAGAGAGGGACAUUCUCCAGUGGACUAUGGGAAAGAUCUUAUGGGUGUGGUUAGUCUUCAGAAGUUUGAUGGAUCCUGGACCCUGGAAGAUGUGGUGAAGAUCACAUCACUGCCUCGCUCGCUUCUUGCUGGUGCAACUAAGUACAAGAAUGAAACAUCCUGGGCCACUUCAGUGGUUCUUGCCUUUUUGGAGGUGAAAUACUCUGCCGAAAAAGAUGAGUGGGCGUUGCUGGCCAAUAAAGCUCGGAUGUUCAUAGCAAGAUGUGGUGACGAUGUAGAAGCUCUUAUGGUGGCGGCUAGAAAAGUCUUGGCUGAAAACUGAAAAUACCUUUGCGGAACAUUUUUUCCAUAUAUACUACUGUAUAUUCCUGUAUUUGUAGAAAUGUUUCUUGUUUGAUUUGUUUGAAUAAUUACAAAUUUUUCUAGUUAUAUUAUUGAUUGUGCUGUACUAUAGUAUGUUAUCUAGUGAUUAGGUAAUGAAAAAGUUUUCUAGGCUUAAAUUUUUUAUGUACGUAUAUUGUUAGUUUUGAAUAAGUACAAAUUUUUAUAGUUGGAUUAUAUCAUUUUGAUGUAUAGUAUGUUAUUUACUGUUUGGAUAAUUUACACAUUUUUCAUGACUGAUUGUACAUUAUUUUGAUGUACAAUAUGCAGUCUAUUGUUAAUUACACACCUGCUGUGUAUACAGUAUGUACAUGGAAGUAUUUGUUAGGUUUGCCAUUCAUUGAUACAAAAUUGCAAUACAUAUACUAUUUAAAAACCUAAUUUUUUUUAUCAUAGUGUAACGAUUAUCACUAGACAGGUUAACUAUAUGUAGUACUAUAUGCCAUAGUAUACUAGAUUAUGCAUUUAAAUGUGCAUAUUUGUAAAUAUAACAAGAGUUAGUGUUUGGGUGGUUUUUAUGCAUUGUUUCACAUUACAGUAACAAGAUUGUAUUUUACUCCAGGGAAUCUCCUUUCUCCAGUGGAUUACAAGAGUAUUUUUGUGAUGUGAUACUGUAUAUUACUCAGAAAGCUGACAAAAUGUAGAAGAGAGGCUAACAGAUUAUAUAGCAUUUUUAAUUAGCAUCAUAUUAAAGUAACAUAAAAUUA